CCCAGGAGCCCUUGGCCCACACAUCACUCUCGGCCUUCUGGAAUGUUUCAAAAUUUGUGGCUCGAACUUGGCCUCCCCGAAAAUAUUCGAUGGCUGGAGCACCUGGCGUAAGGGACAAGCUAAAUCUAAUUGUCGGCGGCGAUGUCUGCGAAGUAUAUCAUGAUGAGUUCAACUCCGGAUCCUUUGGCUUCUGGUGCGGACUUAUCGGGUUGGCUGUCUUCGCGCUCUUUCUGGCCUACUUUCAUAUGAACAGGGAGCGAAUAAGCCCGACCGACUAAGCCCACUUUACUGACUUUUAAAAUAUAAGGAUAAUGUAAUAAAUAAAGAGUCGUUUUAAGCCGUUUUA